AUGUCUCAGGAAGGUGAUUAUGGGAGGUGGACAAUAUCUAGUAGUGAUGAAAGUGAGGAUGAAAAGCCCAAGCUGGACACGCCAUCUACCUCUUCUCUCCCCUGCGCUGGGCAGAGAGCAGCCCGUGAGCCACGGUACACCUGUUCCGAGGCUAGGCGAGCCGCCCACAGAAGGAAAAUGUCACCCGUGAAAUUCGGCGGCACCACGGAGUCGGCUCCGGCAGUUUCACCUCCCAAGAGGCAGAAAGGCAGUUCCCAGGACGACCUCGGCUGGUGUCUCUCCAGUAGUGACGAUGAGCUGCAGCCAGGCAUGCCACAGACACCAGCUGGGGCAGGGCAGGACACAGAGGAGCAAGGGCCCACUCCUCCCCAAGUCUGUACGGCAGAAAGGACCAGAAACCACGGCCCUCCCGUCAGGCACAGGCUCAAAGAGGAGGAGGAGGAUGAAUACGAGACAUCAGGGGAAGGCCAGGAUAUCUGGGACAUGUUGGAUAAAGGGAACCCCUUCCAGUUCUACCUCACGAGGGUCUCAGGAAUUAAGGCAAAGUACAACUCUGGAGCCCUGCACAUCAAGGAUAUUUUAUCUCCUCUAUUUGGGACACUUGUUUCUUCAGCUCAGUUUAACUACUGCUUUGACGUGCACUGGCUGGUAAGACAGUACCCACCAGAGUUCAGGAAUAAACCGAUCUUGCUUGUCCAUGGCGAUAAACGAGAAGCUAAGGCUCACUUACAUGCUGAGGCAAAGCCUUACGAAAACGUUUCCCUCUGCCAGGCAAAACUGGAUAUUGCAUUUGGAACACACCACACGAAGAUGAUGCUCCUGCUCUAUGAAGAAGGCCUCCGGGUUGUCAUCCACACCGCCAACCUCAUCCAUGCUGACUGGCACCAGAAAACUCAAGGCGUAUGGCUGAGCCCCUUGUACCCACGAAUUGGCCAUGGAACUCACGGAUCUGGAGAAUCAACAACACAUUUUAAAGCCGACCUCAUCGGUUACUUGAUGGCUUAUAAUGCUCCUUCCCUAAAGGAGUGGAUCGAUACCAUCCAGGAGCAUGAUCUUUCUGGAACAAAUGUGUACCUUGUCGGAUCAACCCCAGGACGCUUCCAAGGAAAUCAGAAAGACAAUUGGGGACAUUUUAGACUUCGUAAGAUCUACCCUUCUGUGGAAAAUGUGCGGACAAGCUUGGAAGGAUACCCUGCCGGGGGCUCUCUUCCCUAUGGCAUCCAGACAGCUGAGAAGCAGCUCUGGCUGCACUCCUACUUUCACAAGUGGUCAGCUGAGACAUCUGGCCGCAGCAAUGCCAUGCCGCACAUUAAGACGUAUAUGAGACCCUCUCCAGACUUCAGCAAGAUUGCUUGGUUCCUUGUCACGAGCGCAAAUCUGUCCAAAGCUGCCUGGGGAGCGUUGGAGAAAAACGGCGCCCAGCUGAUGAUCCGCUCCUACGAGCUUGGCGUCCUCUUCCUUCCUUCGACGUUGGGCCUGGACAGCUUCAGCGUGAAGCCCAAAUUCUUUGCAAGCAGCCAGGAGCUCACAGCAUCCUUUCCUGUUCCAUAUGAUCUGCCUCCAGAACUUUAUGACAGUAAAGAUCAGCCAUGGAUUUGGAAUAUUCCUUAUGUCAAAGCACCAGAUACACAUGGGAACAUGUGGGUCCCUUCCUGA